ACAGAAUUUUGAGUAAUAUUUUAAUUUUAACAUAAAUAGAGUAUUUAAAAGCAGGAAGUGUAUUUAAUUGACAUAAGGAACUAGUAAAAAGCAUGAAAUCAAUGGAUUAUCAUUUAUUUGAUGUUAUAUUUGUAAUAGAAAGUACUGCAUCAUGCGGUGUCUACUUAAAUGAGAUGAAAACAAGUUAUAUUCAUCCAGCACUAGAGUAUUUUUCAUCAGGACUUGAGGAUUCUAAUUUUUAUGGCAUUGUUUUGUAUAAUACAUCUCAAUGUGCACCAAGUAAUACUUGCAAUACAUACGGACCAUUUGGAGCACAGAAGUUCUUGAAAACAAUCGAUUCACUUGAAUUGACAGGAGGAAGAAGUGAAAGUAAUGCUAAUCUCGCUGAGGGUCUUGCAACAGCUCUUGUGUGCUUCCAGGAUUUAGAAAAGCGUCAUGAAAAGGACACACAAAUCCACAAACAUUGCAUUCUUGUCUCCAACAGUCCACCUUAUAGUAUGCCAGUAACGGAAUGUUAUGAAUAUGAAGGCAAGACUGUUGAGCAGUUGGCGACUAUUUUCUCUGAAAAAAACAUUAAUUUAUCGAUUAUUUCACCACGAAAGAUUCCAAUUUUUUACGAGAUUUUCGAAAAGUCUGGCGGUGAUUUAGGAAUUACUGCAAAGAAUUAUAGCAAGGAUCCAAGACAUUUAGUUCUAUUAAAAGGCUUCUCAUUGAAGGAACUGAUUCAUGACAAGCCAGCCGAUAGUCCAGCGAAUCAAAUUCCUAAUCAGCCACAAAAUCCAAUGCAAAAUGUUGUGGCUCCACAAAUUCAACAAGCUCAGCAGCAAAUUCCUCAGUCACAACAAGCUAAUGUUCCUCAACAGACGCAAAUUAUGCAAGGAAAUGAGCAAAUGGUUCAAAUGACCCAAAUGGGAAUAAAUGCACAAGGAAAUGUCCGAGCAAUUAAUCCAAAUAUUAUUCGUGCUAAUAAUCCAAUGGCAAUGCCACCAAAUGCAGGACAAAACUUACCAAAUCAGAAUCCUCAAUUUCCUGGACAGAUGGCAAAUUUUCAGCAGCAACAAGUGCAAAGAGCUCAAAAUCCUCAAAAUACUCCACAACGUCCACAAUGGAUGCAAGCAAAUCAGCCUGCUCAAAAUCGUCCAAAUCAAUUUAUUCCUGCAAACAUGAUGAAUGCAAAUCUCAUGCAGAAUCAAGCACAGCAAAAUUCAGCAUUACUAUCUCAAUUGAAUCAACCGCCGACCAUGAAUCCAAGCACAAUGACUCCUCAACAGCAACAAAAUAUCGUUCGUAUGGCUAUGCAAAAUCCAAAUCAAAUGAAUAAUCCAAUGGGCAAUCAAGUAAUGAAUCCAGGUAUGCAAGGUCCACAACAAGGAAAUAUCCCAAUGCAAAAUCAAAAUCCUAUUCAACAAAUGCCACAACAAGGAAAUAUCAUGCAAAAUGCUCAAAAUCAAAUUCAGCAGCAGAUGCCACCACAACAACAAGCUAAUAUGAUGCAAAAUAAUCAAAAUUUGAAUCCUCAAAUGGGACAGCAACAAGGACAGCAAGUUGUUACACAACAGAUUCAACAGCGUGAAAGAAUUUGGCGUGGAAUGCUUGAAUGGAAUGAUAAACAGAAUCAACAGAAUCAAAUGAAACAAGUUCCAUGCGAGAUUUUUGCUAGUAUCUCGAAGGACACAAAUGAACUGGAAAUUAGAGGAGAUAAUUGGCCACAAAGAUUAAUUAUGCAACUUAUGCCAAGAAGUGUAAUCUCUAAUGUUGGCGGUCAGUUACUUCGCGACGCUAAAGUUGUAAUUUUCCAAUUUGUUAAUUCGGAACCAUUUGAAUCACUUUCAAAAGUUAUGGCUAGUGGAUUUGCAGGAUGCGUUCAUUUUACUAAUAAUCAACAGACACAAUGUGAUGUUAAAAUACUGAUACUACUUUAUAUGCAGGAUAAGAAGUCAUUUUAUGGUUUCGUUCCAAAUGAUCAAGCUGGAUAUGUCGAAAAGUUAAGGAGAGUAAUUCAGGCAUCGAAAGGCAUUCAAUAUGGACAAAAUCAAGGACCUGUUCCUCAACAGCAGCAACAAGCUCCUAAUCAGCCAAUUCAAGCUCAAGCACAACCACAGCAGAUUCAACAGCAAGGAAUUCCUAGACAAAUAAUGAUGCCUGGAAUGACAGGAAAUCAAAAUGUCGGAAAUGUUGGAAAUAUCGGAAACAUGAUGCAAGGUACUCAAAAUGAUCAACAAAAUAUGAUGUUUAAUCAACAGAUGCAAAUGCAAGGAAAUCAGCAGAGAAUGACACGUCCUAAUAUGAUGCAGAACAAUAAUCUAAGGCAUUUAUUGCAACAGCAGCAGACACAAUUUCGGCCACAACAAAUGGGCGGUCCACAACAGAAUCCUCAAAUGCAUGGAAUGGAUUACGAUAUGAAUUUUCAAAUGAAUUAA